UAGGAAAAUAUAGUGAUAAUAAUAACAGUGAUGAAAAUAAAGAAUAGUACUGAUAUUAAUAGUAACAAUAGUGAUAAUAAGCUGUAGAAUCGGCCUCUCUAUCUCAAAAAAAAAAAAAAAAUCAACAAGAAGAAUGAUAAUAAAAAUUAUAAUGAUGAUAGCAAUAGUGAUAACAACGGAAUCAGAACCUCCCCCUCUCUCGAAGAAGAAGAAAAAGAAGAAAAUAAUAAUAAUAACACGUGCGUUUGUUUACAUCCGCGCAACACCCAUCCUUGGCCAAGCUGUUUACCUGCCCUGGGCCCUUUAAACGACCCCAGCCGAGGAAAAUUAACAGUGAAUUGACUCAUAAGAGGGAACAGAAGUAGUGGUAGGUGUGCAGAAACUCCCUACUGUUUCAAAUUACCUUACAUUGUGGAAAAUAAGCGAUAAAUGAAGUAGAAAGGAAGAAAAAGUGACGGAGAUUAGGCUCCUAUUGUCACUUCUGAGAUUGUACACUAAUUCAAAAGGCUUUAUUUAAAUUGACACGAGUUUUUUUAUGUGCUUUUUAUGGAUGUAGAGGCAGAGUGACGAGAUUUCUACAUUAUGGACGGGAGAAAUACUUGAAAAAACUGCUAUAGUAAUAUUUGUGGCCAUUUUAAGUUAGAGAAAAAGAGAGAGAGCAUCCAAGAAAAGGUAGAGCUAACACAAAUAUCUUGAAAAAUCUACAAUAAUCAUCUCUGUGGUAUUUUUAAGUGAGAGAGAGAGAGAGAGACCAUCCAAGUGACAAGGUAGAGAACCCGCUAUAGUCAUCUCUGUGGCUCUUUUUGAUUAGAGAGAGAGAGAGAGCCAGCCAUCAUAAACAUCUUGAAAAUGCCGCUAAUCAUCUCUGUGGCCCUUUUUAGUUACAGAGAGAGAGAGAGAGAGGGGAUCCAAGUGACAAAGUAGAGAAAACACAAACAUCUGAGGGUGGGGAGUGUUCGGAGGAUGGCUGGCGUGGAGCACAACGAUGACAUACAUGAGGAGAUCCUGAGCUGCGAUGGCAUAGAGAACGAGGAGGAGAUCGUGCACAUCAUUCAGGACGACUCUAGGGUGGAGGAGAGCCAAGAAAAUGAAGAGGCAGCUAGCUCAGGUUUAGAGUUUUGGGUGCCGCCUCUCCUGGCCGUGGGGCGCGAGGGGCAAAGGCUGACGGUCACACAGGAGGAGCUGCAGAGAAGAGUGUCACCGCCUGAGUGCCUAAGCCAGACCAUGUUGCUGUCGCUUCUGAGGCUAAGUAAGGAGAAGGGAAGGGACCUGCGACUAACACUGGAGAAGAAUGGAAUCAAGAAACUCACUCCCAAAUCUGCCGUCAUCUCUUCCUUCACCAAGCUGACUGAGACGGAGGCAGCACAAUUAGCGGAGGACUAUUUCUACCUGGCAUCUCGUAACUUGCGGCUACGAGAGAUAAGCCGGGAGGUGGUGGGGGCUCGGGGCGGCUGGGAGCAGUUUGAGGGACAGGCUAACAUGAUAAAGGACGUACUGGAGCACAUAGUGAGGGAGGUGGAGAGCCGAGACACUCCCCUCACCCUCAUGACUCACGGCUUCUCCCCUCUCAUCCUACGGGCCGUGGUGGACAUCAUUAUUGAGAUCCUCACCUUCAAGGACACCAACCCUGCACCUUCAUAGCUUCUAUUUGGUGUUUACUUUAAGGGAAGGGAGAGCUGCCACACCUCCUCUUCCUCCGCCUCCUCCUCCUCCUCCUCCUCCUCCUCCUCCUCCUCCUCCUCCUCCUCCUCCUCCUCCUCCUCCUCCUCCUCCUCUCCUCCUUAAAAGAAAAACCCAAGAAAGAAAUAUGAAAAGAAAGAGAGAAGCAGUGAAAUUUAAGACACUAAUGCUAUGAAAAGAACUGAACUAAUGUGAGAUGGAAAAAAAAGU